AUGGAGGAACUACAAGAAGCUCAAUACUGUUUUCAAGAGGGAAACUCUUCUUGCAGAAAGGAUUCACUACCAACAUCUAUUUAUAUAUCACUGUACAUCUUUUUCUCAUUGAUUUCAGCAAUUACAGUAUUUUUGAAUCUACUAGUGAUCAUCUGCAUCUCUUAUUUCAAGCAGCUCCACACUCCAACCAACCUGCUCAUCCUCUCUCUGGCUGUGUCAGAUCUCCUGGUGGGACUCAUUGUGAUACCAUCAAUGACUGUAGCAAUACUGGAGUCAUGCUGGGUUCUUGGGGAUUAUUUCUGUGCGUUGCUCCUCUACAUAAGCUUUUUAUGUUCUUCUUCAUCUGUUGGCAAUUUGAUCUUGAUAUCUAUUGACCGUUAUGUUGCUGUGUGUGAUCCUUUAAUGUACCGCUUAAAAAUAACAACAAGAAAAAUUCAGUGGUUUAUAUCCAUUAGCUGGUGUUGUUGUAUCAUAUAUGAUGCUGUUUUUAUAAAAAUAUAUGUAAAUGUACAGGUACCCAGUAGGUGUUUCGAAGAAUGUUUUACAAUUGAAGGAGAUUUCUGGGUUGGAAUCAGUGACUUUGUAAUUUCAAUGAUUGUUCCAUGUUCUAUUAUUAUAACACUUUAUUUGAAAAUAUUUGUAGUGGCCAGAUCACAGGCCAGAAAGAAUUUUUUAAACGGGUCUGUCCCUGUGUCUGGGAUUAAUACAGCACAGGCAAAUAAGUCUGAGAGAAAAGCAGCAAAAACUCUAGGUAUAGUUAUUUUUAUCUAUCUGCUUUGUUGGAAUCCAUUUAUUGUCAAGUGA